CUGACUUCUCCUUUGCAACACCGGCUAUAACGGGAGAAGGUUACAGUCAGAUUGACAGUGAGUGCGCUCUCAGUUCUUCACAAAUACUUUGUUGACGAGUGGUCAGUUUGUGAUGAAUCUUUUGGACGAAGGAAGACAAGAUCAUGUCUGUCUACAGCUUCCAAUGACCGUUGCUAAACGAUACGGCGAGACUCCGCUCGAUACAUCUACGGCUAAUGAAAGGACGCGUGUUCAAAUCACUGUAGACGUCCAAACCAGCGGUGUGAUACAGGCUAUACGUAACCCUACUCACCCGAUUUCUCUACUGCGAUACAGGAUACACGCAGGAACAAAGUCUGAACGACGGAUGACCGCAUGGUGGUCAUCUACGACGUUCCUAGACCAAGACUUCGUGCUGACGGUACAUGCCCUUGGACUCAACGAACCUCGGUGUUUCGCCGAAGUUCAUCCCCAGCAUGCGGAUACAAUUGCCAUGCAGCUCUCUUUCGUACCGAAGUUCAAGAUGCCUCGUGUUGCGUCGCAAGAAUACAUAUUCGUUGUUGAUCGCAGUUCGAGCAUGAGCGGAGCCCCGAUGGAGACAACUAAGCGCACGCUGGGGAUGCUCCUUCACCUCUUGCCAGACUCGGAUACCACAUUCAAUAUCUUCAGCUUCGCGAGCGAGGUUAAUGGUAUGUGGGAGACGAGUGUGUCAUUCAACGACAGGAACAUGCAGUAUGCGAUCUCGAAUAUACAAGCCAUACAAGCCAACAACAGCGGAACGAAAUUUGCCCACGCCCUGCAGCUUGCAGUGGUAUCUCGCAAUCACAAUCGCCCGACUGUCAUAUUCGUUCUUACUGGUGGAGGCGGACCGGCUGUCGAUAACUGCAGGCCAAACGCGCCAUUGAGGGUAUUCACCCUCGGGAUCGGUGAACAUGCUGCAUCGGCCGUGUGCGAACGCCUCGCUCGCUCGGGCGGGGGUGAAUGUUUGUUUGCAGUUCAAGCUGAAGACAUAAUUGAGAAAUAUGCAAAGCUUCUGAACGCUGGUCGAACGGGUGUAAUCGAGAAUCUCGUGGUUGAUUGGGUUGGUUCGGGCAACCUACAAGCCGUCAACUUCUUACCCUCGAAUUACCAUCACUCGCUUCCGCCCAGUGGCGUGCAGCUGGAGCCGUCACCUCCGAUACAGCAGGUUCCACAUAGUAUUACGAAGAUAUUCCUCAAGACGCGCUUCAACAUCUUUGCAAUCACCACCUUUAGAUCGAUCCCUCCUGAAGUCAGGUUGUAUGCCAAGGUUGAAGGCUUGGCUGAGAUCCUCGAGUUCGUGGUGCCGGUCACGGCAGUUAAACCACCGCGCAAGGAUGAACUUCCACUCCUUCAUACUUUGGCUGCACGGGAACUUAUUAAGCACCUGGCAGAGGGUAGA